AUGGCUUCGGCAGCAGACCCGAUGCUGCGAUAUGGAAGACCGAAGAACGCGUCGGCCCCGCCGUGGCGAUCGCAGCAGUCACAGCAAUCACAGCAAUCACAGCCACAAUCAGAAGCGGCUGAGGAGGCACCUCCUUGGCGUCGCCGCAAGGAUCUGCGCAAUGAGCCGCAGGCGAUGCAACAGGGUGGCAGCAGUGCCAGUGACUCUCGGCCAUUGCCAUCAGAGGACAAGACCUCAGAGGUUAAUGCUUCAAGGGCGCAGGAGGCCCCAGCUGCAGAAGCUCCGGCUCCGGCUCCUCCGGCUCCUCCGGCUCCGCCGGCUCCUCCGGCGCUUCCGGUCCCUGCGGCGCCCGCAGCGUCAGCAGCUCCUUCGGCUUCUUCGGCUCCAGCUACCGCAGCUUCGGCAGCUACGAAUCCGAAGGAAACGAAGGACGUGGCGAACGAUACAAAGGAUACGAAGGAUACGAAGGAUGAGUCCCGGGUUUUUGAGAUCGGGGAGAAGGUUCGAUACUGGAGCGGUACUCAUGCGAAAUGGGUUGAAGCGCACGUUCAACGAAUCAAUCAUGGUCCGGACGGCGACCUCAUCUCUUAUGACCUGACUGCAAAAGCCCAGGCAGAUAUUUCCAGAGUCAAGGAUGCCUCCACUGCCGAAGACGCGCCACCUCCUGUGGCUCCCGUAAGAGUGCCUCCUCCGGAAAGCGAUGAAAAAGCAGUGGAGAAGGCAACAGUUGAAAAGUUUGAGAAGGAUGCAGAGGUGCAAUAUUUCAGCGAAACGAAAGAACGCUGGAUUGAUGUGAUUGUGGAAGUGCGGCAUGAAAAGGAUGAUGGGUCUGUCAUGUACGACCUAAACUUGAAAAAGGGCGUGCCAGCAGAGCGAUUGCGGAAAUCCCAUGUCGAGUACACCGUCGGAGAGCAGGUCGAGUAUUGGAGCGCAUCAUCUCACCGCUGGAUGCCUGCCAUUGUUGAGAAAAUUCUCCCAGAUGCAAAACAGUGCGACCUCAGUGUCAAGCCAGGGGCACCUUUGAGCCGCGUGCGCAAGGCACCUGGAAGUGCAGUACCAGUACCUCAGUUUUUCAAGGCAGCGCGGACCGGAAGCCUUUCGCAUGGAGCGGUUGUGCCUCCACCUCCUUUGGCCUGUAGCUUCAAAGGAGGCGACCAGGUUCAGUACUACAGCGAGACCAAACACAAAUGGAUGGAGACGACCGUGAUCCGAAUAUUCGAACUAGAUGGCAACAUUCGCUAUGACUUGGAAUGCAAAAAAAAUGUUUUUGCAGACAAGGUCCGUCCAUCUUUGAGGGCUUCGCAGGAACGCUUUGAGGCUGGUGAAGCAGUGGAGUACUGGAGUGUGUCAGCAGGACGUUGGCUCAGUGCCAGGGUGACCAAAGUCCGGUCAGACCUUGGGCAAUGUGAUCUCGACAUAAAGCUGGCUGCACCCAACGGCAGACUUCGAAGGCCGCAGGUCACACCGCCGGGACCACUUGGAGGAGCACCUGGACCUGGAGCACCGGCACCUGCUGGAAAUUCGAAUCUGUUUGUGAAGCCUAGCCCACCUCAGAUCGAGCUCCCAGAGCUCCCGAAGCUUCCACCUGAUUUGCCUGACCCAAGCCCACCGAGCCAAAGUCCACAGCGAGCCGUGGAAGCUCCAAAGGAAGCUCCAAAGGAAGCUCCAAAGGAAGCUCCAAAGGAAGCUUCAAAAAGUCCACCAGCUCCAGGGGCUCCACCAGCCUCUUCCCUACCACCAGCUGCACCAGCUACACAAGCUCCCGAAACUCCAGCGGUUGCAUCUGCAGGCCCAGCAGUUCCAAUUCGGAGUUCACCGGCGUCACCGGCCUCACCACGAGCUCGACUACCAGAGCCACUAGAGCCUCCUGAGCCAGAAAUGGAACCAACAGAAGCGAACAAAGAUAUCGAAAUGAAACCGACAGAGCCACUAAAACCUCCUCAGAACCAGCCGACUGUGCCCCCAGCAUUUUCCCCGCCAGCUGUGCCUUCCGUUCCAAGCAUGCCCACAGAACAGCUUCAAACAAAACAAGCCAAUGACGCACCAGGUCAGAGCGCAGCUACUGCCGUGACCCCUACUCCAGAGCCUGUCCAAAAACCGCAUGUCCCGCGCCCCCUCCCGCAACCUAGACACAUACAGAUCGCCAAACAGGAUGCAGCUGCUCAGAGCAAUGGAACCCUCAACACAGCCAAGCCUCCGAACGAAGAGAAAGCUGAACCUCGGCAGGAAAGGCAGGAAAUGCGGGAAGAGACACCAGAGGAGGAAGUAGAUUAUGACGAUGACAAUGAUGACAAUGAUGACAAUGACGACGAUGACGAUGACGAUGAUGACGCAGAGAAGCUUGAAGAAGAAGAAGCGAAGGACGAGAAGGACGAGAAGGAUGAGCCAGUGGAAGUGAGCGAAGGAGAGACAAAGGGCGGAACAUCGAGGCAGGCAGCCCAAACUGAAGUCGAGAUGGAGGCAGCUUCUACUAUGCCAGAAGAAACACAGCAAGUGCAGGUCAGUGAGAAGCAUAAGAAGUCACGACGAAGGCACCACAAAAACAACGAUGGCCACGAAAAGGAACGUCGCCGCCGUCGACGCAAACAUAAGGAUCAUAAGGCUGAUCCGGACCAAAAUGGCCCUGAAACUGGUCCGGCAUCGAAAGACUCGCCCAGGCCAGAUCCAACUGUGGCCAAUGGAGCAGAAAGAGGCAGCCGAAAAGGAAGCCGACGUCGACGACGUCAUGCCACAGAUGCACAGAACCAAGGCCAUGGGUACCACACAGAGCCUGGCGCUGGCAUCGAGCCACCAAGCAAAGGCAGAAGACGUCGAAGUUCAGGCGCAAGUCCAGGUGCGGACGUACCAGCCAACGACGAACUUCCAAGGGCAACGCCUUGGAAUUCAGACCGAGAAGGACGGAGGCGUGCUCCACCUGGUGCCACAGCGAAGGCGCUUCCAAGGCCGUUCCAGAGAGAUGUGCGAGAUCGCGACUCUUCCCGUGGUGUUUGCGAUCUGAUGGGUGCUGCCCAAGAUGCAAUCAAAACGGUUGAGUGGAACCGCCUUGUCUUGGCACAGGAGCAGGCGAUGGAGCGAGACAAAAGCGAUGGUCCGCGACAGAAGCCCUUGCCUUUGCUUUGCUUGUCAGCCGUGAACCUGCUCGAAGACAUCGAAGCAGGAGCAGGUCGGUCGACUACCUACAUCAAGCAGACAGGUUUCAGCGUCGCUUAUGGAGUGCUUAUGGAGGAGAAAGAAGGUGAAGCAGUUGCAUUUGGCAGCAAUGCAGAUGGUCAAAUUGAGGUCCCAAAGUUGCCUCGCGGUUUGAUCUAUGUUGCGGCUGAAGCAGGAUGUUCCAGCCUUGGCUUAGCUGCCUUAGCUGCCUUAAGGCUCGUGGUUGAGCAUGGACAAAGCUCCGCAGGCCGCCACACGAUCUUACUUCGAAGCGAUGGUCACGCGAUUGCCUUUGGAGCAAAUGAACACAAUCAAUGUGCAGUACCUGCGCUGCCACCUGGAGUAAAAUACGUCAAAGCAGCUGCAGGUAAUUGGCAUACAGUUUUGCUCCGAAGUGAUGGAGAGGCAGUUGCGUUUGGCCGCAACUCAGAAGGGCAGUGCAACAUUCCGUUUGACUUUGAGUUAACGGAGCCUCGUCCUGCGACAAUACAAGGUCGAGGGCGCUUGACCCCCAUUCGAAAGAUGGACAGCAAAGCAAAGUCAGAAGGGACUGCAGCAGGGACUGGAACGAAUUUUACUUCACUUCAGGAGAGAAGUCGAAGUCGAUAUGUUGCAGUCGCUGCUGGAGCAUUCCACACAGUUCUCAUCAGAAGUGACGGAAGUGCGGUUGGAUCUCGUGGUAGCCUCCAGAUACCAAGACUGCCGGCAGGUAUUCGAUAUAUUGCUGUUGCUGCAAACCUAGAGCACACGCUUUUCCUGCGAAGUGACGGUCAUGCCGUUUCCUGCACAAACGAUAGCGUGGAGUGUAGCCUGACAAGCCUUACCCCCUCUCUACCAGUUGGCAUGAUGUACACAUCCAUUGCAAGCGGUGGACAUCAUGCUGUGUUGCUGCGAAGCGAUGGUCAAGCGAUUGCAUUCGGACACAAUGGAGAUGGGCGCUGCAAUAUCCCUCCGUGCCCUUUGGGAACUUGGUAUACAGCAGUGGCUGCCGGUUUUCGACAUUCCUUGCUGCUUCGAAGCGAUGGAAAAGCCGUUGCCUUUGGCGAAAACCAAUUACCACCUGGACACAGGUCAUUCGGAGGUCCUUGUGAUGUUCCAAUUCUACAUGCUGGAUAUGCCUACUGUACACCCGUCGAGUCUGAUGGCGCAGUCAAGACUGUGUCACCGAAAACAACAGACAAGACGGUCAACCGUCCACCAAGUCGAAUGGAAAACAUCAAGCAGGACGAGGCUCAGAAAAGACCCUUUGACUAUUUGAACUGUGGAAAACGAAUAUCUUCACAGUCUUCACCGCUUUUCGCCGCUUGGUAGAGUAUGCUUGCAGCUGUAUAGCACCAACUGCACUCAGCACAUCUCUGUACUGAUGUCAUGUUCAUUCACGUUCUUGCUCAUGACGUUUGCAGUGAGGUCUUGGGGUAGAAACAUGCUGAUCGGUUUGGACCAAUCUCUUCUGAUGCUGCCAGAAGACAAAGCAGCCAAAGUGAAUCAGAAAA